AUGGUAGGGCUUAUUUUUUGUAUUCUUGUUUCAGAAAACUAUUCAUCUUUCCUAGAUUCUUAUUAUUAAUUAUAACUUUCAAUCUCCAUAACACAAAAAUAUUCAUCAAACUUAAUUAAUCCUAUCAAAAAUUUAUAUUUUUUUCUAUAAAUCUUAAGAAAUUAUAGACAGAAAAAAUUGCAAACACUUAAAAUAGAUAAUUAAAAAAAAUAGAUAUCCAAUCAAAUAUUUAUAUUUACAUUUUUAUUACCAAUAAUAUCUGAAUUGUAUUUGGAAUUUAUUUUUUAUACUGAAAUUUUACUAACCUAAAUCAAAUUAUUAUGUUAAAAGAACUAAAAGUAUUUUAAAUUAAUAAACUAUUGUGUAUUAUUGUUGUAGUUAACUAAAUAGUUUUCAAAGCUUAUUAAUCUAUUUAAUUGUUAAUCUUUGAUAAUUUAUAUUUAUUUUUUAUUAAAUGAAAACAAACUGUUUCCAAAAAUAAAUUAGGGAGAAAAAAUGCUAGAAUUGAAAAAAUGUUUUUACAAUCAAAUAACAGAUUUUUAUAAUUGUCCUCAAAUAUCUAACUAUACUGAAAUAUAAAUUCUUCAUUAGAAUAUUGAAAAGAUGAAAAAUUAUAUUUAUUCUAAAGAAUAAUUAUGCACUUAUUUUGAAGGUUAGGAUGAAUAUGAUUUAAAAAGUUUAGCUACUAUUUUGAUAAAAUGCACUAAUCUCUUAAAUCUCAAACUCUAAAUAAUGUAAAAACUAGCAAUUCAUUUUACUUAUAAGCAUGAUUCUAAUCAGGAUAAUCAAAAACAAUUAAAACAAUAGAAUUUUUUUUUUUUUGCUUUCUAAUUUGAGUUUAUUUGGAUAAUUUAAUUGUGA